AUGUUGAUAAGCUUUUGUUUAUUAAGUGGGUUGCUAAUAGUGGCUUCUAAUCCGUCUCCGUAUUAUGCUGCUUUAGGUUUAGUGUGGGGGGCAGGGGCGGGUUGUUUAGUCUUAGCAAAAGGGGGGGUGAGGUUUUUUGUCUUUAGUCUUUUUUUUUUAAUUUAUUUAGGGGGCAUAAUGGUUGUUUUUGGGGUUACUUACUGUUCGGCGUUAGUGGCUGAGCCUUACCCUAAGGCGUGGGGUAGCCGCUUUAUUUGUAUUUAUUAUGGGCAUUUAUUGUAUAUUAUCUUUUUUUUUGACUUUAUUUCGGUGGUCUUCCUUAUAGUCUGUGCUUUCUAA